AUGGCGACGACUAUCACCACCACCACUGCUGCUGCUGCUACCAAUACACUGACCGUCUCAACUCGUCCGCCAGUUGAAGUAUCCAAGUAUCCCAGACUUGACGCCAACCAGGCUGGCCAUCUCCGGCAUUUCCAUAACCUUGUCUCUCAACCCGAUGGCGAGUGGCAUCACUUUGGAACUCUCGAGGCCCAGCAGGAAUGGGACGACGCAUACAGAUAUCAGUUGGCCACGAUGGCCUAUGCAACUGGAGUCGCCCACUACCAUCGUCUCCCCGCGAUGAGGAGUGCCUUCAAGACUCUCCUGCGCCAAAUCAUACACAAAAUGCUGCGCCGGGAGGUUUGGGGAUAUUGGUUCAACACCAGCCACGGAGGCAACCUUCUUGACCCGGACCUCAAAGAACUGCGCAAACCCUGGGCCGACCCGGUCAUCAAAGAAAACAUCAUGUACAGUGGACACCUCUUGCUGAUGACCAGUUUGUACGCCAUGCUGUUCGACGACGACGAGUUCGAGAAGAAAGGCAGCUUGACAUUCCACUGGAGCCCACUGUUCUGGGGCCUUGGAAGAGAGGACUUUGCCUACGACAAUCGAAGCUUGCAGAAGGUCAUUUUCCAGCAGAUGGAAGAGAACGACUGGGUGGGCGUCUGCUGCGAGCCGAAUGCGGUGUUUGUCGUGUGCAACCAGUUUCCCAUCAUCGCGAUGAGAUACAACGAUAGCCGCGACGGCACGAACAAUGUCGAAGAUGUCCUGAAGAAAUAUGAAGCCUCACUCAUCAAGAAAGGCAUGAUCAACGACAGCGGCUUAUAUCCCAGCUUCUUUGCACUGAAGCAACACAAGGCUCUCCCCGCGAGGCAAGGCGCGCACACUGCUUGGGCAAACGCGUACAUGAACACCUGGAACUCGGAAAAGGUGCAUUCGCUGUACGAUAGCCAGGUCCUCGGAUUUCUGACCGACAUCGAUGGAAAGACUCGACUUCAACCGACUCGCGUCGCCAGCGCUUUCCGCCAAUUGGUCCUGGAGGAAGGCGAAGAUGCCCACAGCGCGGAGACGCUGCGCAAGGCGCGUGAGAUGUCGUCGCAAUUCGCCAAUCCGCUCUUCCCGUUCGAGACGAUCAGCUGGAGCGGCUUUGCCCAGAUGCUUUCGGAGUUGGGCAAAUUUAAAGAACUCAAUGACCUCCUCGAAUAUGCGGACUCGCAUCUCAAUCCAACAUGGGAGAACGGCGGGCUUUACUAUCCACGCAACGACAAGCUCUUUGACGACGACGGACAGAACAUGAUCCACAUGGAGCCUCAUUCGGGUAAUUCGGGUAUCGGCUAUUCUCGCCUGAACGUCAAGGAUGGGCAGAAGAAGAUGUGGGAGAAGCCCUGGACCAGUGCCAUCCUCGCGAAACGGCCAUAUGUGGACGGACUGAGCUUUGCCGAUGGCGUUGAUUUCCUCAGAGGCGUCUGGGACGACGACGUGCGCGCCAUGGUCAUCACUUUGAAGAGCUGGACGGGGAACGAGAAAGAAGUGAACUUUGCGGUUAAGAAUCUUGCGCAAGGGGACUGGGAAGUCUACGUCGACGGCACGCUGAAGCAGACGACAACAGUCGGAGACACGGAAGGUGUGGACAUAACCGUGACUGUUGAGAACGACGAGGUCGACAUCGUUGUCUCAUCUGUGUAA